UCGCCGUCGCUCAGUUCGUGUCCUCUCGCUGCGCACGACGGUCGCUUGCGGUCGCGGUGGCAUCGCCCUUCCUUCAUUCCUUCGCGUAUCGUAACGUACGAGUAGGAGGCAAAAAAACGACAAAAGACAAACGCGCGUGCGAGAGAAAGAGAGAGAGAGAGAGAAAAAAUUCAAACGACGGUAGAACUGUACGGACCGUCCGUGAGCCGAGUCAGUGAGAGGAAAGUCCGCGGGGAGAGUCCGAGUUUCGCAGUAAACAAACAUCGGGACAGAGAGUGGUGCGUACAACACUAGGGUGUGUGUGUGCGCGUGGUCGGGACGGACAUUCCUUCGCCGCUUUUCCGCGAGGUAAGACGCCGACGGACGAGAGGAGGAGAAAGGGCAAAGAAAGAUUUCGUCGUCUCAUAUACGCGCGUAUGCCGCGGCGUGCCGGCAACUUCGCGGCGGUGGAGCAGUCUGAAGUGUGAAUAGUUGAGUGUCCGUUGAGAAGAGAGAGGCAGCAGCAGUGCGACGCGUUCUUGCACGAACGUGCACGUCGCGCGGUCGGGACCGCGGUGCAUCCACGGCUUGUCCUCUCUUCGCGAAUUCUCACCGGUCGUACCCCACGUACCGUGUGUACGCGCAAGAGGGAGCGAGAGAAAGAGAGAGAACAGGCGCGAGAGACAGCGCGCGCGAGAGAGGAACGCGUACAACUCUCUCUCCCCGUCGCGUCGCCGCGCCGUCGGUGCACCGUCCGUCCACCUUUCGCGUUGCCGCGAGUGCACGGGAUAAAAUGGCGCUUGCUUUCGUCCGUGCACCUCUAUCGACCGUGACGAACUGUUCGACGGAAUCGCGCCGGCAUCGUUCGCCGCGGCCUUUCUGAAAGAUCAACCACGUCUCCGUGUGCGACCGUCGUCGUGGUCCUUGGUGUCUCGUCUUUUUCGCGUCCCCGUCAUUACCGUCGUCGUCGUUCGUCGUCGUCGUCGUCGGCGGCGGCGUCGUCGUCGUCGUGGCCCUUUCUUUAUCGCCGUUCCCCGUCGCGGGUGCGAAAUCGCGUGUGUGUGCAAAGUGCAUCGGCAGAAGAGCAUCGGACAGGAGGAGGUAUCAUCUCGAGUGCGGCGAUUUCGGAGCGACGAGUCCGGUGCGGAGUGUCGACCACAGAGUGGAUCCUCGCCGUGAGACCUAGACUCGGCGGCCGGUGAGGUCGGAAGUGGAGAGUGCGAAGGAGGAAGAGGAGAUUCGCCAACAGCGGAUGUGUGCGUCGCCAUGUGAGAACCGGGGUGCCUCCUCGUCAUUAACGGAAACCGCGCAUCCCACGUGACGCGAAGUAGAUGCGACACCGACCGUCAGUCGUUCGCUCGUAUUCGUCACACACGAAUCCGCGAGCCCGCGGUUGCUCGGCCGGGCUCAGCAGUGAGUCGAAAAAUAUCAUCGAGAGACAUCGACCCCGCGAGUGCGCGCGCUCGUUGGCCCGCGCGCACGGAUCGCUCGAGGAAAUCUAGCCGGGGCGAUAAGCUGGAGCAUAAGCGGGAACCCGGGAAAGCGGUGGCCGGUGAAGAAGGCGGAGGAGGGUGGAGGAAUUCGGCAGUGGCGACGGUGGUGAUCGCACGUCGUCGCCGUCGCCGUCGUCGUCGGGCCGUGACGCGCGAGACGACGCGAAACGAAGCGUAGAGGAGGCAUGAGGAGGCGAGAGUGACGACGCUGCUGCAUCCUCGCACAGAUCGUGAGAGGACCGGCGAUACGCUGGGGCCCGCGAUAAGGAUGGCCCCCUUCAAUAUGGCCGGCGUGGCGGGCCUUCUAGCCACCUGCGCCGCCGUUGCUGCUUCCGCUGCUCACCUUCUGCCGUUGCUGUUGCUGCUAAUCUGCCCGCGAGGGACCCAGGCGGAACAAGUUGUUCUCUUGGACACGACGACGGAGGAGAAACUCGACUGGACGAAGUACCCGUUCGGACCGCAAGUCAGCACUUCUGGCUGGGUGGAGGAGUCCUUCACGAACUUCGACAAGGGCAUCAACUGGCGGAGUUACGUGGUGUGCGACGUGGCGUACAACAACGUGAACAAUUGGCUGUGGACGCCGUUCGUGGAGCGGGGCCCGGCGAACCGCAUGUACAUAGAAAUCAAAUUCACGACCCGCGACUGCUCGCUGUUCCCCGGGAACGCUCUCAGCUGUAAGGAGACCUUCAGUCUGCUCUAUUACGAGUUCGACGCCGCUACGAAGGAGCCGCCUCCGUGGGAGCCGGACAGUUACAAACUUAUCGGUCGCAUAGCCGCGGGCGAGGGAAGGUUCAACACGAAUGCCGAGGUUAUAAUAAACACGGAAGUGAAAUCGAUACCGGUGACGAAGAAGGGCGUUUACUUCGCGUUUCGCGAUCAGGGCGCCUGCAUAUCGAUCUUGGCCAUCAAGGUGUAUUACAUCAGCUGUCCGGAGAUCUCGGUGAACUUCGCCCGUUUCCCGUCCACGCCGACCGGCCGCGAGGUCACGUUUAUCGAGCAAACGAUCGGCACCUGCGUCGCGAACGCCGUCAAAAUCGACAAUCCGAUCUACCUCUGCAAGGGAGACGGGAAAUGGUACCUCCCCACCGGCGAAUGCCACUGCAAGCCGGGCUAUCAGGCCGACAAGGAGAAGCAGGAGUGCAAGGAGUGCGCGAUAGGCAAAUUCAAGCACGAGUCGGGCUCCCACACCUGCGAGCCCUGUCCGGAGCACAGCAAAGCCUCCGAUUACGGUUUUACGGAGUGUCGUUGCGACCCGACCUAUUAUCGAGCGGAGAAGGAUCCCAAGAACAUGCCCUGCACGCAACCACCUUCGGCGCCGCAAAACCUGACCGUCAACUUUGUCGAUCAGUCCACGGUGAUCCUUUCCUGGAACGCGCCGCACAUGCAGGGUGGCAGGUUCGAUACGACUUACAGAGUGGUCUGCGACGCCUGCAGCAUGGGCGUCAAGUACAUUCCCAAUACCGAGAUCUUCAACGAUACGAAGAUCACGAUAACCGGUCUGAACGCGGUGACCACUUAUCGCUUCCAAGUCUUCGCCGAGAACGGCGUAUCGUCGUUGGCCGGCAAAUCGGAAUACGUGGACAUCACCGUUACCACGGAGGCCAGUGUGCCGAGUCUGGUGAGCAACGUUAGGAUCACGAGCGUCAAGAGCUCGGAGCUCAGCAUCAGCUGGGACGCGCCGGUCAUCGAAGUCGGCGGGGACAGCGAUCUCGUGGAGAGAUACGAAGUGAGGUGUUACCCGCGCUACGACGACGCCACUAAUGCAACCGUCAUUCAAACGUCCGAGCUGUCCGCCACGUUCAAAGGUCUCAAGCCUUCUACGGAUUACGCGAUACAGGUUCGCGCCAAGACCACCCGCGGCUGGGGCGAGUACACGCCGGUGGUAUUUAAGAAGACACCCCACGCGAUGGGUCUAGACUACGUUGGCGAGAACGAUAACAUGCAAGUUAGAAUAAUCGCAGGGGCGAUCGUCGCUGUGGUCGUGCUCCUCGUGAUCAUUAUCAUCAUGACCGUACUGAUCCUCAGAAGCAGGGCCUCGGACGAGUGCAACAAGAAGCAGCCGAGCGACUGCGACACUCUGGAGUACAGGAACGGCGAAGUGCACUGCAAAAUGGACAGUUCACCGAUUGUGACAACCCAUACCAACAACAAGAGCAAGUCCUCGCUGACCACGCCGCUGUUCACACCUGCAGUGGGGGUCGCCGCGGCGGGCGCAGGCGGCACAGGCGGCGCAGGUGCGAGGAGCUACGUGGAUCCUCACACCUACGAGGACCCGAAUCAGGCCGUGCGGGAGUUCGCCCGUGAGAUCGACGCCGGGUACAUCACGAUAGAGGCCAUCAUAGGUGGCGGUGAAUUCGGCGAUGUCUGCCGAGGGAAAUUGAAAUUACCGCCGGACGGACGGACGGAGAUAGACGUGGCCAUAAAGACCCUGAAGCCGGGCUCCGCGGACAAGGCCCGUAACGACUUCCUGACGGAGGCGUCGAUAAUGGGCCAGUUCGAACACCCGAACGUGAUAUUCCUGCAGGGCGUCGUGACCAAGAGCAAUCCGGUCAUGAUCAUCACGGAAUUCAUGGAGAACGGCAGCCUGGACACCUUCCUGCGCGCCAACGACGGCAAGUUCCAGGUGCUGCAGUUGGUCGGCAUGCUGCGCGGCAUCGCCAGCGGCAUGCAGUACCUCGCGGAGAUGAACUACGUGCACCGCGACCUAGCUGCGCGGAACGUGCUGGUAAACGCCGCCCUGGUCUGCAAGAUCGCCGAUUUCGGACUGAGCAGGGAGAUCGAGAGCGCCACGGAGGGAGCUUACACCACCAGGGGCGGGAAGAUCCCGGUACGGUGGACAGCACCGGAGGCGAUAGCGUUCCGAAAGUUCACGAGCGCCUCCGACGUGUGGAGCAUGGGUAUCGUGUGCUGGGAGGUGAUGUCGUACGGCGAGAGGCCGUACUGGAACUGGUCAAAUCAGGACGUGAUCAAGUCGAUCGAGAAGGGCUACAGGCUUCCAGCGCCGAUGGACUGUCCGGAGGCGAUCUAUCAGCUGAUGCUCGAUUGCUGGCAGAAGGAGCGCACCCAUCGGCCCACUUUCGCCAAUCUCACGCAGACUCUGGACAAGCUCAUACGCAGCCCGGAUACGCUGAGAAAGAUCGCUCAGAACAGCGUGAGGCCGCCCGCACACAAUCCGUACUAUGUCACAAGCCACACGGCCGCCGCCCAGGCCGCAGCGGCGGCGGCCGCGGGGACCGCUGCGAUGCCGCCACCACCACCAGCGGGCACGGCGGCGGCGGCGGCCGCCAGCACGGCGGGCCCGUUCGUAGACAUAGUCGGGCAUCAGGCUCAUCAAGCCGGUCAAUCAGCGAUUGCCGUUCCAGUAAUGCCAGCAGGAGCCGGCCGUAGCUUACAUUAUCACACACACGCACUGCCACACCAACAGCCACCGCUCACUUAUCCCAAUUGGGUCCCGUUCACCCAUUUCGGCUGAGAGAGAAGGGUACUCUUCGCGCCCGACGUAUCAGCGGGAACGGGAGCUGAGCCGUGAGAAAGAACGAAUGAAAUAGGAAUUCCCUUGACCCUUUAAGGCCGACACGAUCCGUUGGGGGAAAAUUGUUAUUUAUAAAAUCGUCUCAAUAGACGUCCCCGGUGACAAUUGUUUCGCCCGGAUAAAAUUGGCCGUUGAGAAGCGGGACGAUUUUCCGAAUGUACAUAAUCAUGUACGUCGACAACGUUUGAGGUGUAAAAAUGAGAAAAUAUUAAAAUUGUUUCACUUAAAAAAUAUGUAUUUUCCGCUUUAUAAUUUAGACUGAAUUCCGAUAUUCAUGCGGGCAGUACUGAAAAUCUAUAUUUCAUGUUAUAUAUAUUAUAGAUUUUCACCGGCAGUGAAUAUCGGAACGCAGCCGUUAGUUGUUGAGGGGAACAUCGGGCAAAAUUUUCGUAAACAGAAUGUACGUUUUUCGCAGAUAACUUGAUAUAAAUCCGAGCCCCGGCGAAGUUGCUCUACGUGCGAUUGCACGUAUCGGUCUUCAGCUGGGAAAACACUCCAUUUAGGAUGAUAAUGUUGUAUCGAUGGAACCAUUGCUUUACCAACGGACGAAAUUUGUGGAAGGCCUAAAGUUAAUGUACAUUAUUAUGUACACUGAGCCUUAAAGGGUUAAGCACCGUCUCCGCCCGUAUUCCAGGCCAUGUCGAAGCCCGGCGUUAGACCGGACGUGAGGAAGACUGAAGAAGAAGAUUCUAUCGCUCUGCGAUUCGCGUUUUUCUCUCUAUUUUUUUUUUUUCUACUGUGUUUCGUUCGUCGCCCUUUGGCGCUAGUCGUAGGGAGCCGUAGUGACUGCGUCCCAACGAGAGACAGAGCGAUGGAAACACUUGUAAUCCCAAUUCGCGUUCCCAAACGGCGUUAUUAGGUGCGACGAGUGUAGGCAGAGAGUAGGCGCGGCCGAACAAGAGCGCGUCGUCGUUAUAAGAAAGUCUCUUCUUCCCCGGUGUCUUUUUUACCGCGAUCAUCAACGAGAUAGCGAGUAACGCGAACGAUGCGAGAACGUAACGUAGGUAUGUUGUUACAUGUUAGAGCGUGAAGAGGGAGAAUUUUUUACGACGAGCGCCACAUCGAGCGAUAAAACCCCGGCCGUACUUCAAGAGUUAGCACGCGUUAAAGUCGAUUAAGUUUCGCGAGACGCGAAGAUGUAAGUCGAGUUUAUCAAGAGUCGUGUAGUGUCCGAACUUCUCUUAGAGGACAAAUCCCCCGAGCAUCGAAUAGCAAUACGAAUAGAUUACGCGCGAAUUAUUCCGAGCUUAGAGAAACGAAGGAGAGUCGAAGAUGGUCGAGGAUGGUGUGCGUGGAAGCAGCUCUAGAGGUCUUUCAGAUGUUCUCGUAAUAAUUCUUCGUAUUAGCUUCGUUGUAGCUUUUCCGUGCGUCAUGAAUAUACGUGAAAUCAGAGAGAGAACAAAAAGAUGAUACAUAAGUAUAUAUAUACAUACAUACAAUAUACACACAUGCACGUGUACACACACAAAAUCAUGCGGGGUGUCACGGAACUGUCGUCGUUUCCUCCAGCUGCGAAUUCUCCGGCCAAUUUGGUCACGUCGAUAAGGGACCGCAAAUUGAUCGGAGGCACAACAGACUGAAGAAACGAUCUUAAGUCCUACGAUGCCUCACCCGUACACCACUCGUGCGAGAAAUCGACCUAAGUACUUACACACUUGUAUAACAUAAGUAUUCGAUACGUUUAUAAGUGUUUAUACACGAAGAAAAAUAAUUUGCCGGCAAAUUUUACGCUGUCGCAGUAAGAUCUGACGAUUACGAUAUGGUCAGCAAAACGAUUUGUUAAGAGUACUAAUUGCCGUUUGCCGAAUCUACGGAAUCGUUUUGCUGUAAGAGAACAAAUUAGUGAAUGUAGGAAAACACUAUUUUGUUCUAACAGCAAAUUAACGUGUCCUAAGGAUAAGUUU